UUCCCCAGCGCCCCCCAUGGCGGUCCCCUGGGCUCCCUGGCUGUGGCUGAGGCACCUGGCCCCCUGCCUGGCUGCUGGGCACGGCAUGGCCAGCAAGAAGGAGAUCAGCAUCGACGGAGACCUGGUGAUUGGAGGCCUCUUCCCCGUUCAUGAGAAAGGAGUUGGGACUGAAGACUGUGGCAAGAUCAACGAGCACCGGGGCAUCCAGCGCCUGGAGGCCAUGCUCUUCGCCUUGGAUGAGAUCAACAAGGAUGGGAGCAUCUUGCCGGGGGUGAGGCUGGGCGCCCACAUCCUCGAUACCUGCUCCAAAGACACCUACGCCCUCGAGCAGUCCCUCGACUUUGUCCGUGCCUCCCUUACCAGGGUGGACGGCUCCGAGCACAUCUGUCCCGAUGGCUCCUAUGCUCUCCAUGAUGACGUGCCCACUGCCAUCACUGGCGUCAUCGGGGGCUCCUACAGCGAUGUUUCCAUCCAGGUGGCCAACCUACUACGGCUCUUCCAGAUCCCGCAGAUCAGCUAUGCCUCCACCAGCGCCAAACUCAGCGACAAGUCCCGGUACGACUACUUUGCCCGCACCGUCCCGCCGGAUUUCUACCAAGCCAAAGCCAUGGCGGAGAUCCUCCGCUUUUUCAACUGGACCUAUGUCUCCACUGUGGCCUCAGAGGGUGACUAUGGGGAGACAGGGAUUGAGGCUUUUGAGCAAGAAGCCCGCAUGCGCAACAUCUGCAUUGCCACCUCAGAGAAGGUGGGGCGCUCCAUGAACAAGAAGACCUACGACGGGGUGGUCCGGGCUCUGCUGCAGAAGCCCAACGCCAGAGUGGUCGUGCUUUUCACCCGAAGUGAAGAUGCCCGGGAGCUCCUGGCGGCUGCCCAGAGAGCCAACGUGUCCUUCACAUGGGUGGCCAGUGAUGGGUGGGGAGCCCUGGAGAGUGUGGUGGCUGGAAGCGAAGCGGUGGCCGAGGGAGCCAUCACCAUCGAGCUGGCAGCCUACCCCAUUAAGGAGUUCGCUGCCUACUUCCUUAACCUCAGCCCCUACAAUAACAGUCGAAAUCCCUGGUUUCGGGAGUUUUGGGAGCAGAAGUUCAAGUGCAGCUUCCACACGCAGGACUGCAGCCGAUACUCCCUCAAGGCAGGCAAGUUUGAGCCAGAGUCCAAGAUCACGUUCGUGGUCAAUGCAGUCUAUGCCAUGGCUCACUCUCUCCACAACAUGCACCGGGCGCUCUGCCCCAAUGCCACCAAGCUCUGCGAUGCCAUGAAGCCCGUCAAUGGCAAGAGGUUCUACAAGGACUUUAUACUCAAUGUUAAUUUUGAUGCUCCGUUCAGGCCAGCAGACACCAAGAGCAUCGUUCGAUUUGACCGCUACGGUGAUGGGAUCGGGCGCUACAACAUCUUCAACUAUCACCGCACGGACGGGCGGUAUCGGUAUCAGAAGGUGGGCUACUGGGCUGAAGGGCUCAUCCUCAACACCAGCCUCAUCCCGUGGGCUGAGACCUCCAUCCCCGUGUCCCAGUGCAGUGACCCCUGCAAGAAGAACGAGAUAAAAAGCAUGCAGCCCGGAGACAUAUGCUGCUGGAUCUGCAUCCCCUGCCAGCCCUAUGAGUACUUGCUGGAUGAGUUCACCUGCAUGGACUGCGGUCUUGGUUACUGGCCCGGCUGCUACGAGUUGCCCCAAGAGUCCAUCCGCUGGAAGGACGCCUGGGCCAUUGGUCCCGUCACUAUCUCUUGCCUGGGUUUUAUCUCCACCCUCUUCGUUUUCGGAGUCUUCAUGAAGAACAAUGACACUCCCAUUGUGAAGGCCUCUGGCCGGGAGCUCUGCUACAUUCUACUGACCGGGGUCCUCAUGUGCUACAGCAUGACCUUCAUCUUCAUCGCGAAGCCCUCCACCGAGGUGUGCACGCUCCGGCGCCUGGGGCUGGGCACGUCCUUCGCCGUCUGCUAUUCAGCCCUCUUGACCAAGACAAAUCGCAUUGCCAGGAUCUUCAGCGGGGUAAAGGAGGGGGUUCAGCGCCCCCGGUUCAUAAGCCCCACAUCGCAGGUUGUUAUAUGCAUGGCCCUCAUCUCUUGCCAGCUGAUCAUUGUCAUUAUCUGGCUGCUGGUGGAGACCCCCGGCACAGGCAAGGAGACCGAGCCUGACAAGAGGUACAUUGUCACCCUCAAGUGCAACAACCGUGACUCCAACAUGCUCAUAUCGCUCACCUACAAUGUCCUCUUGAUUGUCCUCUGCACGGUCUAUGCCUUCAAGACACGGAAAUGCCCCGAAAACUUCAAUGAGGCCAAGUUCAUUGGGUUCACCAUGUACACGACCUGCAUCAUCUGGCUGGCCUUCCUGCCCAUCUUCUACGUGACCUCCAGCGACUACCGA